AUGCCAGUUCACACAUUUCCUAUACAGCCCCUCAAUCGCUUCCGCGGCGCGUCAGCAACCAUCAAGCGGCCCCGUGAAAUAGCCCACUUCUCCUACGACGACGACCAUGUUUAUCAGGCGGAUGAGUCAGGAAUCAACUACUAUGUCCACCCGCCCAUGGGAGUAGAUCUCAAAGAAGGAUUUGACACGUUCAAACAUUACGAAGACAAGGAAGACCCGCAUUUGGAUAGCUUGCUUAGGGCGCUUAUGGACGACAAGACCGGCAAAGGACAACCAAAGGCAGAUUUCAUGACCUGGCGAGGCAUGAUGACCAAGAUCAUGACAGCGCCUUUUGACAACUUUGCUGAGUUUGGAAUGUUUGCCACGCUACAUGAUGGGACAAUCUACAUCGAGGAAGACUUUCCCUCACGAGCUGCUGAACGCGCAGCAGAAGCCGAUCGGCCACCGCCUCGGCACCAGCAUGCCAACCAGCAGUCGCGAGAAAUGAUGACAUACUGGGGGUACAAGUUUGAGAAGCUGACCUUGAUACCCACCCUGCCAUCCGAGACAUCCCGCGAGGAAAUUGAAAAACAUCAACGGGGUGUCGUGUCCAACCAUGCCCAGCAUUGUUCCAUCGUACACACGUCAUUUGGGCCCCACAAUCUUGUUCUAGGCGGCGAAGUCGAUGGACUUCUUGCCCCCAAGCCUAGUGAUCCGGAGCAGCCCAUCCAAUGGGUUGAGCUCAAGACAAGCGAGGAACUACCUCCCCCGCACCUCCAGCAACACCGAGAUGUCCUCAAGUUCGAACGCAAACUUCUCAAGUUCUGGGCCCAGUCGUUUCUCCUCGGCGUUUCCAGGAUUACCGUUGGGUUCCGAAGCAAAAAUGGCAUACUGAGGAGCUUGCAGACUUUCAACACCCACGAGAUACCUGGUAUGGUGCGUAGAGGCACGGGAUGCUGGGAUGGAAACGUGUGUAUUAACUUCGCAACUGAGUUUCUGGCCUGGCUGAAAGGCGUGAUGCGAGACGACGGCGUGUACAGUAUUCGGCUGCGGAAAAAGAGUGGUAUUGUUGAGGUGAGGAGAGUGGGAGAUGGCACAGGCAAAAUUGUUAGUGAGGAAUUCAAGAACUGGAAGGCAAAGCAAGAGAGUGUGAGAACGGGAGGUAGAGAGGCUGAUGGAGAGAACAAGAGCACAAACUAGAGUGUCGUCGCAUCUUGAUGUAUUGUGGGACUUGCUUCCGUCCCGUCGCGCACAAUAGCAAAUAAGAGACUCCUUUGCUACUU